CCAUUAAACAGUGUGUAAACUUUGCGCAACUAGGUUGGUCUCCAACACUUUUCUUGGAACAACGGGUAACAUUUUUUGUUCAGUGAUCUAUUCAUAACAUUAUUUCCGUAAACAAGUUAUUGAAGACAUGUUACAACAUCAGAGACAUGAAAAACCUAAAAACAAUAUGAUGCUGGCAGUGUGUGUUGACACACCAGGAGGACCAGAGAAUAUGCUGUUGAGGAAGGUCCCCAGACCCCAACCCAAAGACGGACAAGUCCUUAUUAGAGUUCAUGCAACCGCUCUGAACAGAGCCGACACAUUGCAGAGAAAAGGACUGUACCCAGCUCCACCAGGUGAAAGUCAGGUCCUGGGUCUGGAAGUUGCUGGCACGGUAGCCAGUGUUGGUCCAGGGCUUAGGAGGUGCUGGGCUCCAGGGGACCAUAUAAUGGCCUUGCUCUCUGGAGGAGGGUAUGCCGAGUAUGUGGCAGUACCAGAGGAGCUCCUUAUGUCCGUCCCCCCUCAGCUCUCUCUUUACCAGGCUGCAGCCAUCCCUGAGGCCUGGCUCACUGCAUUUCAGCUGCUUCACUUUGUAGCUAUGGUGAAGAAGGGAGAGAUUGUGUUGGUACAUGCUGGAGCCAGUGGGGUUGGAACUGCUGCUGUCCAACUGGUCCAAUUGGCUGGAGCCAUUCCCAUAGUUACUACCGGAAGCUCUGAGAAACUACAGAUGGCAGAGACACUGGGAGCUGCUGCUGGUUUCAACUACAAAGAAGAGGACUUUGCAGAGAAAGUUAAUCAUUUUACUGCUGGCAGGGGAGCAGAUGUCAUUCUAGACUGCAUUGGUGGCUCCAGCUGGGCGAAGAACGUAGCUUGCCUAGCCACUGAUGGAAGAUGGGUGCUUUAUGGAUGCUUGGGGGGGAAGACGGUGAAUGGGGACAUUCUGGGCAAGCUGUUGUCCAAACGAGGACAACUUCUCUCUAGUCUCCUCAGGUCACGCAGUCUGCAGUAUAAAGCAGAUCUGGUGAAAGCCUUCUCCGAAAGGGCCCUACCUCACUUCUCAGAACAGGCCACCUCUCCCUGGCUGCUGAGACCUGUGAUUGACAGUACGUUCAGCCUGGAGCAGGUGGCUGAUGCUCACAGACGCAUGGAAGCCAACAGAAACAUCGGCAAGAUUGUCAUUAAUGUUGUGAACCCACAAUGAUGGGAACUCCAGUGACAUAGCGCCAUCUCCUGGUGUUUCAUAAAAUUAAAUGUGUGGUUGAUCAAUUUGGACAUUGAAUUCAAAUGUCAAGGAAUGUCAUGAUACUUCAUGUGUAUGACAUCUGUAUCAGCUUGUUUAUUGUUCGAUCAAAUAAUGCAUGUUAUUUUCACUCUUUAUCCUGAAACGAAUAUUGUAUUAUAGGUAAUUAUAUUUGGCACAUUGAUGAUUUUCUACUUAUAAUAAAGAUUUUGUUGGCCUAAUCAUUUGCUUUUCAAUUCAAAAUGUAUGUUCAUUCUGCAUAAUUGCAGACCGUAAUGGCUGUUGCUGAUGGAAACAUGUCAGUUAUGUUCAUAUGCAAUAAA